AAAAAAAAAAAAAAAAAAAAAGGUCCUAAACUCAUAAUCUGAACGAGUCUCGGUGGAGAGGUCUCUUGUUGGCUCUCCAUUCCAUGGCGACCUCAAGACUCCUCACACUCUUCAUCUUUCUUGCCCUAAUUUUCACGAAGAUCGGAGCAGAUUCUUCAAUCACCGGAGAAGAAGUCGGAUCGGAUGGCUCUGAUUCGUCGUCGUCUCUUAAGAUCGAGUUGGAUCAACUCAAGUCUAAGAUCCAUUCCCUUGAAUCAUGGGUUGAUGAAAAAGCCCAAGAACUGAAAAGCAAAGACGAGACUAUAGCAGAGAAGGAAAAGAUCAUCCAGGAGAAGUCAAUUAGCAUUGCAUCGUUGCAGAAGGAGAUAUCAUCCUUCCAGGAAAAAGGGAAGCUAGAUGUUGACAGUCGGGUGGAAAAGGCUUAUGCUCGGGCUGCCGAACUAGAGAAGCAGGUUGACAUACUUAAAAAGGAAAUAGAAACAAAAGAUAAGGAAAAAGACGCCCUAGAAGUGAAGAGAAAUGAAUCCAAGGAGAAAGGGCACAAAUUGAAUUUGAAACUCGAGAAUCUACAAAAGAUCAUUGAUGAACAAAAGGCCAAAAUUCAAAAGACUGAACGUGCUCUUGCAGUUGCUGAGGAAGAAAUGCUGAAGGCAAAGAUCGAGGCCACAUCAAAAACUAAGGAUCUAGUAGAGGUUCAUGGUGCAUGGCUUCCACCUUGGCUUGCGGUUCAUUCAGGUCGUUGUCAGUCAUUUGUUGAGACACAUUGGAAGGAGUAUGGAAAACCUACUGUGGAUGCAUUGAUGCAAAAGGCCCUGGAGAAGAAAGCCCAAGCUGGAAAGUGGGCUGCACCCCACAUGGAAACAAUUAAAACUCAAUUGAUCCCAGCUGUAAAGGAGCAGUGGUUGGUGAUGACAACGUAUGUUGAACCACAUGUGAAAUCACUAACCACAAAAACUGUAGAGGUUUACGAGGCAUCCAGAAGUACUAUAACACCACAUAUUAUCAAAACACAAGAAGUUUUCGACCCUUACUUUCAGGAAGUUAAGAAGUUCAGCCAGCCGUAUAUUGAUCAGGUUGCCACUGUGGCAAAACCUCAUGUUGAUAAAGCACAUGAUGCUUUGAAGCCCUAUAAAACGAAGGUAGUUCAUGCUUGUAGGAAGUUUCUUGAAUCUGCAAGUAUGUACCAUCAUCAGGUUCAAGGCACUGUGCAAGAAACAUUGAAAAAGCAUGAGAUGACAAGACCUCUUGCUACUAAAGAGUUAGUCUGGUUUGCGGCUUCUGCUUUACUGGCUCUACCGAUCAUGAUUCUGUUUAGAAUUUGUUCAUCCAUUUUCUGCAAGAAGGCCAAGAAACCUAUUCGAAAUGGCAACUCGAACCAUGCACGUCGAAAGGCUAAACGGGGACAUUCUGAGAGAUAGUGCAGUUUGAUUCUCUUUCUUUUGGCACAUUUGAGAUGGGGAUGACGCUACUCUUGGCUUGGUUUUUGAAGAUUUUAAGUCUGUGUGUUAGUGAAUUCAGCUGCUGCGUUUCAAGUUCUUGCCUUAUUUUAUCUUUAUUUUGUUUCUGUGCAGAAAAUCUGGGUAACUCAUGUAUUCUGUUAAUUUUGAUGCUCUGCAGUCACGGUGUAAUUUUCCUCUUAAUGUCAAAUUCUUUUUAGUUCAGAUUUGGGUUGAUAGUUUUUUAGUUCCACAUCCCAUUCAUUGUUAAAUUAUAGAUGUUUAUUCUCAUAAAUAUUUUUAUACCCACUCUUCUCCUUACAUUAA